CUUACUACAUUGAACCUGGGGUGUAAUGUGGGCAAGAACAAGUACGGUUCCUAUGCCUGUGGACGACGUAGCCUAAGAUUAGCUGAGGGGGGGAUUCGGGGAUUGAUACUGCUCAUUUGUCUAGCUGGAGGGGCAUCCUCUCCCUCGGAGCCUGAACCCUGGCCCAUAGGAGACACUGAGGACUUAAGCUGAGACCUCCAUGUGCAACCAGGUGGCCACAGCAAGUGCGCUGAGCUCUGGGCAGAACCAUCGUUCCUGAUCCUUCAAGGUGGACCCCAAGGGAGACAUCCAACAAAAGCAGUGGCCACCAGACAGUCUAGGACACACAGAUGUAAACCUGGAGAUGAGACCUGAGGAGCGCUGGAGCCGAGUUGGCCUUGUACAGUGUGAAGAAGCAGACUCUGCCUUGGAAGAGCCCAUCAACGUAGAGGAGGAAGAUGGAGGUCUUCAAAUCUGCCGUGUAUGUGGGGACAAGGCCAAUGGCUACCACUUCAAUGUCAUGACGUGUGAAGGAUGCAAGGGUUUUUUCAGAAGGGCCAUGAAACGCAAUGUCCGGCUGAGGUGCCCCUUCCGCAAGGGGACCUGCGAGAUCACCCGGAAGACACGACGGCAGUGCCAGGCCUGCCGUUUGCGCAAGUGCCUGGAGAGUGGCAUGAAGAAAGAGAUGAUCAUGUCCGAUGCCGCUGUGGAGCAGAGGCGGGCCUUGAUCAAGAGGAAGAAGAGGGAAAAGAUUGAGGCUCCACCGCCUGGAGGGCAGGGGCUGACUGAAGAACAGCAGGCGCUGAUCCAGGAGCUGAUGGACGCUCAGAUGCAAACCUUUGACACAACUUUCUCCCACUUCAAGGAUUUCCGGCUGCCUGCAGUGUUCCACAGUGACUGUGAACUUCCAGAGUUUCUGCAGGCCUCACUAUUGGAAGACCCUGCCACAUGGAGUCAAAUCAUGAAAGACAGGGUUCCAAUGAAGAUCUCUCUGCAGCUGCGCGGAGAAGACGGCAGCAUCUGGAACUACCAACCCCCUUCCAAGAGUGACGGGAAAGAGAUCAUCCCCCUGCUGCCACACCUGGCCGAUGUGUCAACCUACAUGUUCAAGGGUGUCAUCAACUUCGCCAAAGUCAUAUCCUACUUCAGGGACCUGCCUAUUGAGGACCAGAUCUCCCUGCUGAAGGGGGCCACUUUUGAGAUGUGCAUCCUGAGGUUCAACACGAUGUUCGACACGGAAACGGGAACCUGGGAGUGCGGUCGGCUGGCUUACUGCUUCGAAGACCCUAAUGGUGGCUUCCAGAAACUUCUGUUGGAUCCAUUGAUGAAAUUCCACUGCAUGCUGAAGAAGCUACAACUGCAUAAGGAGGAGUAUGUGCUGAUGCAGGCCAUCUCCCUCUUCUCUCCAGAUCGUCCUGGCGUGGUCCAGCGCAGCGUGGUAGACCAACUGCAAGAGCGGUUUGCCCUCACCCUGAAGGCCUACAUUGAGUGUAGUCGGCCAUAUCCUGCUCACAGGUUCCUGUUCCUGAAGAUCAUGGCCGUCCUCACCGAGCUGCGCAGCAUCAACGCUCAGCAAACCCAGCAGCUGCUGCGCAUCCAAGACUCGCACCCUUUUGCCACCCCACUCAUGCAGGAGUUAUUUAGCAGCACCGACGGUUGAGUGGCUGCCCCUGAGUGGAGAUCUCACGGGGGCAGCCAGACCCAGACAUUCUGAAUUGCCACUUCUAGGGCUAGACAGAUGGACACACUGAUAGCCAACAAUGCCCUCUGACUGCAGCCGGUUAGUGUUUCUCAGGAAAAAGACAUGGGAGCCCCCAAGUUCAGCCUGUGGAAAGUGCUGGGCGGCCUGAGUUAAGACAAUCAGGUGUCAGGUGGGAGAGGAGGGAGCAGAUCAAACCCUGUAACAAUGUACCCCUGUGCCCCACACAGUCCCAGCCCCAGGUUUCUUCUCGAGCUGCUUGUGUGUUCCAGACACGAGCUGACCUUCAGGUUCACAAGUAUCACUGCUGAAGGCUAGCAGCUUGUCCUGACUGUGUUCUGGACAUAUCAGUCCUGCAUCUGCCCAAAGACAUUGUUAGUCACUAACAAUGUGACCAGCUGUGUGUGUGGGGGCUGGGGGUAGGGUUACAGUACGGACUCAGAUGUGGAUCCCAACUUCAGACUUUUAAGAAGACAAAACUCAAAUGGCUGUUAAUAGCUUGUAAAACUUUCUUAAACAACUCGUGUGGAGCCAUGUGACAUACAGCCAAGGAACUUGGUGUGGGGGUCUGAACUGCACUGGGGUUCUGUGGGUCACUGGAAGCCAAGGAAAGGUUCUCACAUUCCAGGAACAUGUGGAAGAAGGGGUGAGAACUAUGGCUGUGGGGACCUGUUUGUGACUUGGUGGGGGUUGGUCUGCACUCCCAUCUGACCAGCUGCUUGCUCCCAAGGCUGUGACUUACAGCAAUGCUACAGUGACAGACAAUAAAUGUAUAAUAGCACAAUUACCUGUGUAUGACAAACUCCCAUGUACCCCUGGUCCUCAGAGCCCGAGUAUAUGGCAGUAUCUGCCUCUUUUUUAUAAUAGUUUGUAGGAUUGUUUGUGCCUUUUCACAAGUUACACCUUAAUUUCACAUGAAUGUUCCAUGCUUAAGAAAUUAGCAAGGAUGUCCCCAGGUUUAAUGCCAGAUCAAGACAAGAGGACUUCAAUAAGGACAUUUUUGGUAGAGA